GGAACAUGUACACAAAUGUGCCCCGAAUUCGAACGCCAUGAGCGAGAAUAUCAAAAUAAUACAGACAGGUGGGAACGGUUUCCAGGAACGAUGCGGAUUGACCCUUUGAAGGCUGUCAAAGCAUUCCAUCGCCCCGCCGCCGGAAAUGAUCAGCCUUUACCUUCUGACGUGCGGCCACCUCAUAUCCUGAAGGCAACUCUCGACUACCUUUUCAAUGAUCUUUUGCCCCAAGAAUCGCUAUUUGAAACCCAUGGAUUUAUUCGAGAUCGUACUCGAUCAAUCAGACAAGACUUCACUUUGCAGAAUGAGCGCGGCUCUAUGGCGAUCGAGUGUCAUGAACGUAUAGCACGUUAUCACAUCAUGUGUCUGCACUUUUUACGUGACAAAGAGGGUGUUGGAAGCUAUCAGGAACAACAAGAGUUGGAGCAGGUCCGCAAAGGUAGGUUCUUUCUACAGUCCUUAAACGAAUUCUACGACGAUUUCCGAGGAUCUAAUCAGUUAUGGCCCCACGAAGCUGAAUUCCGAGCUUAUUAUCUUCUUACUCAUCUUCGUGAUGCGGAUGCCGCACGCACCACAGAACGACUCCCUCAAGUUAUCUUCCUUGAUCCCCGACUCCAAUCCGCUUUGAAGCUACAUGCUCUGGCGCAGUGUAGUAAUCUGACAAAAGUGCCUUCUGGUCGAAGACCCACCAGCUCCCCAGCUACGCUUAACGGCUUCUCUCGCCUUUUCAAACAAAUCGGUAGCCUUCAAACAUCCUUUCUAGCUGCUUGUCUACUUGAGACGCAUUUUCGCGAUAUCCGCAUUGCAGCACUGAAGGCUAUACGUUCCGCCCAGUCUCGCAUGUAUGGUGCAAAGCUACCUCUGAAAGCGUUGGCAAGAGCAUGUGCUAUGCCAGUACUUCAAGAAUGUCUAGAUUUUUGUGUGGCUUGUGGGCUCAAGAUCACCCGGACAGCAGAUCUCAAUGACUGUACAGUAGAGCUGCACAAUCAUGUCAUGUUUGACGGUGAGUUUUCGGCGACAGCAUAA